AUGUCGACAGCCAGCAUCGGAGUGAGCAGGCAUUCAGUACUGCCUCCCAUCAUCCCUGAGAGUGAGAAGGAGUUUCUGGAGAGCGUCCAGAGAUAUAUCAUUUCAGAAAUUGGGAAAGUGGGCUGUACCGAGGCAGGGCCUGCUGAGGAGUAUUACGUCAUAUACCGAAAUGUGUUUGAAAUGAUAAUUGAACACGUCAAGGCAUAUAAGAACAUCCUGAUUACAAUCAAGCAGGAAUACGAUGCCUUUAUAGAAGCAAUAAAGAAAGGCCAGAGAACUGCAUUCUAUCUUCAUGGGAAAUUAAAAGUGCUAGCAUGUGAAUCUACAACUCUCAUGUAUUAUAUGAAGAGAAUUACUCAACUGGAAGAGAAGAUAAGGACAAUUCAGAGAAAUUCUGAAAGAACUGAGAAGUUGAUACGAAAAAUAAGAACUUUGAGAACAUCACCUGCUGCUGAAGCUCCUCGACCCCCACGCAAAAAAUAUGACCCUUCUAAGGCCAUACCAGGUCUCAGCCAUAAAGAUUCCUUGGACAUGGAUGCCCUUGCUAAGCACCUUGCCCAUCUGCAAAAGCGGGUGCGAGAGCUGAAAGAUGACAUGUUGACAAAAUAUGUCCCCAUGGAGAACAUGACUGUUAUUGAAGAGAAGCUGAAUCGUGCCCAGAGCCGGCGAGAUACGUCUGAGGAAGAGAAUGAGAAGCUGAAGCUUUGCUAUUACCGAAAAGCACAGUUUGCGAAUGCAGUGAAUAUGUGGGAGAAUACAGACAGGAGUGUUGAAGCCCUGAAGCAAAUAGUGGUUCAAAUGAGAGAAAAUGAACAAAGAGUUGGAGAAGGUUCAGUUAUCACCAGCAGCUCUUGCUUAUUUGAACGUGAUGCCAACCAAGCCAAAGAGGCGGCAGCCUUGCUUGAAUAUAUUGAAAGAUUCAAUGAAUUAUUUUCCCGUGGCCAGUAUGAAUCUGCAGCAGUAUUUGCAGCAAACUGCCCGAGAGGUGUUCUACGGAAUGAAGAGACCAUGGAGAAAUUUAAGGAGGUCAGAGGUGUUAAAGGGAAGAUGCUCCCUCAGCUUAUGUACUGUGAAGCUCUUGUAAGCACAAGCACAGCUGUCAAGCAUCCUCUUCCUGAAAAUUUGACAACAGAAGCCAUCAAAUGCGCCUUAUCUGAGAAACGGUUAGAUCUGGUGAUGUACUGGAUCACCCAGCAAAAUCUGUCACUCAGCGAGGAAGCAGGUGAUGCCAUCUAUGCCUAUGGGGAGGAGGAUAAACACAACACGUCCAAGUGUCUCGCUUUGGCUCAGAUUGCCUACAGCCGGUGCAGGGCUCACAAGAAAGCUGCUCUGUGCUUGUGCAAGCAGGGCCAGGUCACUGGAGCCAUGGACUACAUCAACCAGCUCAAGAGCUUCUCCACAGGUGAUUAUAUCUACCUACUGAAGAACUGUCCUAGCAUACAACUCAUCCGCCACCUAACUCAAGGGUGGAAUGGGAAACCGCCAGCCUUGUCCCUUGGGACAACAGUGCUCUUUCUCUCCAACAUGGAAGAAAAACUGUAUUGCAUACGGGUAUUGGAGGAAAUUGCCAAGGAAGGCAAAGGUGUGAUGGAACAGAUGAUGAUAAAUGACUCUCACUGUGAUGUGGAGGAGUGGAAAGAGAUAGCCGAAAUAUGCUUCCAAAGCAGGAAAAUAAAACUGGGCAAACUUCUCAUCUCAAUCCUGACUGCGCAGGCAGGAGUGGUUGAACUCCCUCCAGACGAUGAUGGUGCCAAGAUAAUGGAACAUGUUUUCUUGUAAUUUCCCUGCCAAGCGCGUGAGG